ACGUCAACCAUCUCUAGAGUUGGAGCUUGUACCUGUUCGUAGUUUCUGUGAGAAUUGCUGUGCCUGCAGGAUGAUGAAGAAAAGAACUACCAGGAGGUGGACGGAGGCCUUGUCUUGGAGGUGAUGGAAGACAUGCAAUGUGGAGAUGGGGCUGCAGAAGGUGAACUGCCUCCAGGCAUGAGGAAGGGAUGCUGCUGAGGCUGCUGUUGCUCAUGCUUUGGGGAGGGCCCCUGGCUCAGGGUUCGAGGUCCUGGCUGAAACUACAAAAGUUGGUAACAGUGCAGGAGAGCCUGUGUGUCGUGGUGCCCUGCAAAUUUUCCCAUUCCUGGUUUAUCUCUAAAACCCAUUACAUUUUUUGGCUUAAAAAAGGAGUGAAUACAAACCAUGAUCUUCUAGUGGCCACAAAUAAACCUGGACAGAAGGUGCUGGAGAGGACCCAGGGCCGGUUCUUCCUCCCCAAGGACCCCCUGUCCAACGACUGCUCCCUGAGCAUCAGAGACGUCCACAUGAGGGACAGUGGGCUAUACUUUUUACGAAUAGAAAAUUACUUCGCGAAUACACACUCCUAUACAGACGAGAUGCUCUUUCUGAAAGUGACAGCCCUCAACCACACACCUGACAUCCUCAUCCCGGGGACCCUGGAGUCCGGCCGCCCCACGGACUUGACCUGCUCUGUGCCCUGGGCCUGUGAGCGGGGCACACCCCCCCUCUUCUCCUGGAUGUCAGCUGCUCAUACCUCCCUGGGCCCCAGGACAUACCUCUCCUCCACGCUCACCCUCACCCCACAGCCCAAGGACCACGGAACCAAACUCACCUGUCAGGUGUGGUUUCCUGCAACAGAUGUGACUGUGGAGACAACCAUCCAGCUCAAUAUCACCUAUGCUCCACAGAACAUGGCCGUCCACAUCAUCCAAGGAAACAGCACAGGCCUCAAGAUUCUGCAAACCACAUCCCUUUCCACCCUGGAGGGCGAGGCUCUGAGGUUGCUCUGUGUGGCUGACAGCAACCCCCCUGCAGUGCUGAGCUGGUUCCGGGGGUUCCCAGCCAUGAACACCACCUUCAUCUCCAACACCGGGAUCCUGGAGCUGCCUUGCGUGGGGACUGCAGAAGAAGGACAGUAUACCUGCCAAGCUCAGCACCCACUGGGCUCCCAAAAUCUCUCUCUCAGCCUCUCUGUGGUCUACCCCCCACGGCUGCUGGGACACUCCUGCUCCUGGGAGGAUGAGAAUCUGAACUGCAGCUGCUCCUCUCAAGCCCAGCCAGCCCCCUUGCUGCGCUGGCGGCUGGGGGAAGGGCUGCUGGAGAUGAACAACAGCAACACCUCCUAUACAGUCACCUCCAGCUCAGAGGGGCCCUGGGCCAACAGCUCCCUGAACCUCCACGCGGGGCUUGGCUCUGAGCUCAGACUCAGCUGCGAAGUGGAGAAUGUGCAUGGGGCCCAGAGCGCCAGUGUCCUGCUGCUGCUGCCAGGUAAACCAGAGCCCAGGGACUGUGGGGCCGUGGGAGUGGUCGGGGGAGCUGGCAUCACGGCCCUGGCUCUGCUCUCCCUUUGCCUUUGUCUCAUCUUCAGAGUGAAGACCUGCAGGGGAAAAGCAUCUCAGCAGCUGCAGAGAAUGGACAAUGACAUGAACCCAGCCGUGAUCUCAGGCUCCAGGGUGCAUCAGCCUCCGUUGACAGACAGCCCUUCAGCUCACCCAGCCCCUGGUGGUGCCAGGCCCAUUGCAGAAGAGGAGCAGGGGCUCCACUAUGCCUUUGUCAGAUUUCACAAUCUGAAGCUUCAGGAACAGGAAGGCACCAACACUGUGUACUCAGAGAUCAAGACACACAAAUGAGUAAUUACUGCUCACAGUUCUGGAGGCCGGAAGUCUUCAAUCAAUGUGUCCGCAGGCUUGGUGUCUUCUGAGGCUUCUCCCCUUGGCUUGUUGACGGUUGUCUUCUCUCCGUGUCUUCACGUGGUCCUCCCUCUGUGGUCCAGAUCUCCUCUCCUGAUAAGGAUGCCACAUGUAGUAGAUUAAGGCCCAACCUAAUAACCUCAACUUGAACUGAAGUAUCUCUUUAAAGAUCUUAUCUUUGCCCUGGCUGAUAGCUCAGUGGGUUAGAGCAUCAUCCCAAUAUGCCAAGGUUCAGGUUCAAGCUCCAGUUAAAGCAUAAACAAGAAGCAACCAAUGAAUGCAUAAGUAAGCUGAACAACAAAUCAGUAUUUCUCUUUCUCACUGUCCUUCCCCACUUCCUCUCUCUGUUCUCUCUAAAAGCCAAUAAAAGAGAAAGUGACAAGUAUGUGAGCUAAAAGAAACCAA